AUAACGAAAAAUUAUAAAAAAAAAGAUAACUGUAAACGGUUACGAUAUUAGGUAUAUAAGAUCUUCCAGCACCUCAAAGUGUAUCAAAUUUUGAAACGAUGAAGUUCUUUGCUCUGUGUGCCUUCCUCCUCAUUGCCCUGGCUACCGUCCAGGCAACUCCCGGUGAUCUGCGCCAUGUUCCUGUAGGACACGGAGGACACCCAGUCAAUGCUGGCCACGGACCUGUGGGACACGCUGGUCCUGUUGGACACGGUCCAGUUGUAGGCCAUGGUCCAGUUGUAGGCCAUGGUCCAGUUGUGGGACAUGGUGUUCAUGGUCAUUCUGGCUGAAAACUUAUCUGAAUCCUACAAGGAGCGCAAUGCAGACCUUGAUGGAAAGAAACGAAGUGUUUGUUCAACACCUUCAGUACAGCAUAUCCUAAUAAAAUAUUCGAUUUAUCG